ACGGAACCGGAUACGGCUAGUUAUUCUCUGUUGUGUUGAUUUCUAGAGAGCCGAGGAAAAGAAGACCUGACAUUUGUGUUAAAUUGCCGCUCCAGGGCUCUUGUGUUUGUUCCCCCCUUAAUUCAGAAGUUAAAGAAAGCAGCGGCAUUUCCUGAAUAAACUGGUCAAUGGAAAAAAUCUAACAAUGUUCAGCUUUGAAGGAGAUUUUAAGACUAGACCCAAGGUAUCUCUUGGAGGUGCCAGUAAAAAGGAAGAGAAAGAAAAAACACUUCAUCGCCUUCAAGAAGACAGAAGAAAAAGAGAGGAUGACAGGAGAAGACUGAAGAAUGCCAUUAUUAUUCAGUCCUACAUACGUGGGUACCAGGACCUCAAACAUCAAUAUGCCAUCCAGAGGGCAAAGUUUGAUGAGUGUGUCAGCCAGACACAGGCAGGAGGAGCACAGCACAUCUUGGACAGUGCCAGUCUCAGCCUCCUAACAAGACAACUCAUAUUUUUUUACAGACAAAGUGUGGAUGCACAUAGAUUGAUAUGGUUGUGUCAGAACUUGGUGAAGCACAACGGUCAGUUUGUGAAGCUGUUGGCAGGUCCAGAGAGGCAGUCAUGUGUGUUUCAGAUCAAGAGGAUCUUAGGCUUCUGCUGCAGACUUCUGCAGAACUGCAAGGACGACAGUUUGAAUGUUACAGUGCCCAUGCGGAUGUUAGAGAUCUUUUCUUCAGAGAGAACUUAUCUUCCUGUUAUCCAAGACGCAAACUGUGUAGCAUCAUUCAUCGAGCAGAUUUUGCACUAUAUGGUACAGAAAGGAUACUACAGGUCGCUGUAUAUCCUCGUGAAUCACAGGCUCCCUUCCAGUCUGGAAUACAGCGAGGCUCCUGCUAUCCCUCUGGCAAGCACACUGUUGGAGCACAUCCUCAAACCCCUGCACUUUACCUACUCCUCCUGCACAACAGGCGCAAGGCAGUUUGUUUUUGCAGCCUUCACUGAGGAGUUCAUCUCGCCGCCGUUCACCGAGCAGAUCUUUCACUUCUUUAUCCCAGCACUGUCAGACUUCCGUCUCUCAUUCCCGUUUGAGGCCUUCCUGGGCUCCCUCCAGGCCACCAUAGGCUCCUCCUCAGCAGCACAGAGCCAGGCACCAUGGCUGUUUUAUUUUGUCCUUUCUGCAGGAGAGAACUGCCUAGGCUCACUAUCAGAAGAGGGCCUCCUCCUGUACCUGCGGGCUCUGCAAACGCUGCUGCCGCUGCUGCCGGUGUCAGAGAGCAGCAGCAGGCCUGAGGUCAGCAGUGACUCAGAGGAUGAAGAUGAUGCCGACAUCCAGCCACCACCCAUGCAGGAUGACAGCCGGAUCUCUGUGCAGCUGAUCACGGAGGAGUGUGUCCACAAGCUGGACACCAAACAGCAGACUAAUGCCUUGCUGAACCUGGUGUGGAGGGACUCAGCCAGUGAGGAGGUCUUCACCAUGAUGGCAUCCAUCUGCCACACACUCAUGGUGCAGCACCGCCUCAUGGUGCCAAAAGUCAGACUUCUGUACAGUUUAGCUUUCAAUGCACGUUUCCUGAGGCAUCUCUGGCACCUGAUAACUUCCAUGACGACUAAAAUGAUCACAGGAUCCAUGGUGCCCCUGCUGCAGUUGAUCUCUCGAGGCUCUCCCAUGUCGCUUGAGGACUCCAACCGCAUCAUUCCCAUCUUCUAUCUCUUCAGCUCUCUCUUCAGCCACUCGCUUAUCUCCGUGCAUGACAGCGAGUUCUUUGGCCAUGAAAUGGAAGCAGGACAGACUCAGUCGUCCAUGAUGCCCUUCACGCUGUUAGAGCUGGUGACUCUGUCUCGUUGUCUGAGGGACGCCUGCCUGGGCAUCAUCAAGCUGGCCUACCCUGAGACCAAGACGGAGCACCGUGAGGAGUACAUGGCUGCCUUCCGCAGUGUGGGUGUCAAGACAAACACUGAGGUUCAGCAGCGAAUCCAGGCUGAACAGAAGCGAUGGGUACAGCUCUUCAAGGUCAUCACUAACUUGGUGAAGAUGGUGAAGGCCCGUGACAUCAGACGACCCUUCUGUCCAGCAGGUCACUGGCUCUCUGAAGAGGUCAACAUACGAGCAGAUAAGGUUACCCAGCUGUACGUUCCCUCGGCAAGACACAUGUGGAGAACACGGAGGAUGGGCCGCAUCGGACCACUCCAGUCAACACUCGAUGUUGGCUUGGAGCCUCCGCAGCUCUCUGUGUCUGAAGAGAGACAUCUGGCCAUCCUCACAGAGCUCCCAUUUGUGGUUCCCUUCGAAGAGCGAGUCAAGAUCUUCCAGAGGUUGAUCUAUGCCGACAAACGGGACGUGCAGGGGGACGGGCCAUUCCCUGAUGGAAUCAAUGUCACCAUCAGACGCAACUACAUUUACGAAGAUGCCUAUGAUAAGCUCUCUCCAGAAAAUGAGCCAGAUCUGAAGAAAAGGAUUCGAGUGCAUCUGCUAAACGCUCAUGGUCUGGACGAGGCAGGCAUCGAUGGUGGCGGUAUCUUUAGGGAGUUCCUUAAUGAACUGCUCAAGUCAGGCUUCAAUCCCAACCAGGGCUUCUUCAAGACCACCAACGAGGGUCUGCUCUAUCCCAGCCCCACUGCAGAGAUGCUGGUUGGAGACUCUUUUGCCAGGCACUACUAUUUCCUAGGAAGAAUCCUGGGAAAGGCGCUGUAUGAGAACAUGCUGGUGGAGCUGCCCUUUGCUAGUUUCUUCCUGUCCAAACUUUUGGGAACCAGCGCUGACGUGGACAUCCACCAUCUGGCCUCCUUAGAUCCAGAGAUGUACCGUAAUCUUCUCUUCCUCAAGAGCUAUGAGGAUGACGUGGAGGAGCUUGGCCUCAACUUCACCGUGGUCAACAACGACCUGGGAGAGGCCCAGGUGGUCGAGCUAAAGCCAGGAGGGAAAGACAUUCCUGUGACCACAGCCAACCGGAUAGCCUACAUCCAUUUGGUGGCUGACUACAGACUGAACAAACAGAUCAGGCCUCACUGCCUGGCCUUCAGACAGGGCCUAGCCAACGUGGUCAACCUUGAGUGGCUGCGCAUGUUCGACCAGCAGGAGAUCCAGGUGCUGAUAUCUGGGGCUCAUGUGCCAAUUUGUCUUGAUGACCUGAAGAAGUUCACAAAUUACUCAGGUGGCUACUCAGCCACUCACCCCGUCAUCCAGAUCUUCUGGGAGGUGGUGGAAGGCUUCACAGACGAAGAAAAGCGCAAGCUGCUCAAGUUUGUCACCAGCUGCUCCAGGCCUCCACUGCUAGGCUUUAAGGAGCUUUACCCGGCCUUCUGCAUCCACAACGGGGGCAGCGACCUGGAACGGCUGCCGACUGCCAGCACCUGCAUGAACCUGCUCAAGCUGCCUGAGUUCUGCGACCAGCACCUGAUGAGGAACAAGCUCCUGUACGCCAUCGAGUCCUCUGCCGGGUUUGAGCUCAGUUGAGGAGGGGACAAGCUUCUCUAUCCCUGCAUCCACGGACUGAAUGCCACAGCGGGGCUGGGUGAGAGACCGGCAAAGACAGACAGACAGAGAGAGAGGGGAGUAAAGCAAUGAUGCACUGAGCUGCCUGAUUCACUGUGUGUGUACAAUGCCGUCAGUGAGGGAAUGAUCACCCACAGACUGAAGAGGGGGUACAAAGAUAACAAGGGUGGGAAUUUGUUUUUUUUAAAUUCAUGUGGCUUUUAAGUAAAUUUAAAUGUUUAUCAACUGACAAAACACUUACAAAGAGCAGUGAUAGCUGAAACCUUGCAGGAUUUGUCUUGUGCUAAAGCAAAAACAAGAGCCACCACAAGUUUCCACAGCAACAGUCUCUCUUUUCUGUGAUCUAACAUGAAUAGCAACAACAGUGUUUUUUCACCAAAGAUAAAGUGGCGUAGUCUUAGAAAAAGGCAAUAUAAGGACAGAUGGAAACUGAGACUGUCGGACUCUAAAGCCACCUUGUGGUGUGCCAAGGGCUGUGGGGGUGGAGAUGCUGUUGUGUAUACCCACCAUGUACUUUCAGGUAGAGGUCAUCAGAACUCUCCUUACGUUUUUGUGAUUUCUUAAAAUAUUCUUAUUACUAGUAAUAACCGUCAUGUCUGAUACCCAUACCAUAAAUGCGCAUAUGCUAUCGGAUGGUUACAUCUGUGGAUAUGUCAAGGCAAAUGGCUUAUGUUGUUGGACUAGAGCGAGAAAGUGCUAUUGAUUAUAUGAUUAUGGAUUUGUGAAUAUGUAAAUGUUUACAGCUACUCUUGUAUGAUUCAUUUAUUCAGUAUUUGUACAGGUUUCUUUGUGUGAUGAAUGAAGGCCUCAUGUUUUCACACAUGCUUGCUAAAGUGAACAAUCUAUUCCCUAGUCAGUGCCCUAAAGUUUGCUCUCAAGGAGCAACAAAUGUGUCACGUCGAUAAGGCUUACAAAUGAUCAGUGUACCAACAGGGUGAAAAAGUGUAUGGAUAUGAAUAAACCCACUUUCUUUUGCAUUUCCCUC